AUGAAAGCUUCCAUUUCAGCUUUGCUUAUAUUCAGUUUAUUGUUCCAUGAGGGAAUCAGUCUGUCAAAUGGAAUACCUUCGAGCGCAUGUGAUAAAAUCAUACUGAAGCAAUAUAAUGUGGAUCCUACAGCUUGUUCAUCGAAUUUUAUUAUCAAGUCUUCGACAUCGAGUUAUACAAUUAAUGAACCCGUUAAAAUCACAAUCAGCAGUACUAAACCAGAUACAACCUUCACCGGUAUUUAUUUAUUAGCUCAAGAUCGUAGUAGUACUAAAAUUGGAAGUUGGAAAACAACAGAUUCAUUAGUUGAAAGUGCAUCAUGUAAUGGCCUGAUGCAUAAAUCAAAAGUAGAAAAAACUAGCAUUGAAGCUGUUUGGUAUCCUACAGUAAAUGUUGCUGAAUAUAUUACAAUCAAAGCAAUAAUUAUUGAAAAUGAUAAUACGAUCUAUGUUAAUUGUUACAAUGUCAUUAUAACUCCUCGAACAAUCAAUAAUUCGUUAUUCAACAAUGGAAACGAUUCGACAACCGAUGCGACAACAACUACGGCUGCUAAUACUACUGAAACAGCUAAUACCACAAUGAUAACCACAACAGAAGCUAUGAAUACUACCGAAGCAGCUAAUACCACAAUGGCAACAACAUCAACAGCUAUGAAUACUACUGAAACAGUUCACACUACCAUGCCAACUACAUCAGCAGCUAUGACUAGUACUAGUCCAAGUGCUGCAAACACAACAAAGACUCCUGCGCCAACAGCUGGUGUUUCCGUUAAUGUAACAUGGACAUACAGCAAUAUGACCCAUACUACCGAUGUUCUAAUGACUAUUCACAAUUUAAAAGCACAACAAUGGACUGCUGUAGGCCUUGGAUCACAACAAGCUAUGGGUGAAGCUCAUGUAUUUAUGUGUAAACGACUUGCUAAUGAUACAAUUGUUAUAAACCGUUAUAUAAAUCCUGAUGGUCAUCAUCAUCCUGAACAUGCCGGAUCAGAGCAAGGUGGCACAUUUACACCUAUUAAACAAGAAUUCAAUAAUGGUGUUGUGUUGUGUCAGUUCAGUUUAUCGAAUUUUACCGAUGGAUCGAUUGAAGACAUAGAAACUAUUGACCCGCUUUCGCCAUCAAAGUUAUAUUAUCCAUUGUUCGCUAUCGGACUCCUGAAUAGCACUACUAAUGAGCCAAGAAAACAUGGAGAUGAUUCACACACAGCUCUAUCCGAUAGGGUUCAAUUAGAUCAAGAUAUAAGUCUAUUCUACAAGAUGGGAACUCCCGAUUCUAGUAGUUCACUCAAAUUUUUACGCGCACACGGAAUUAUUAUGAUCUUCACAUGGAUAUUAAUCGUUUCAACCGGUGUUCUUAUUUCACGCUAUUUCAAAGUUUCUUGGGCCAACAGUUUUAUCUGUGGUAAAGCUGCAUGGUUUGCCUCUCAUCGAUUUAUUAUGAGCGUGGCUGCAAUUCUUACACUGCUUGGAUUUUUCUUCGUUUUAGCUUUUCUUAAAGGUGCAUGGGUUACGAAGGGUUCCACACGACAAUAUGCACAUUCAGUAACAGGCGCUAUUGUAAUAAGUUUAGCUUUCUUUCAACCGUUCAUUGCAUUAUUCCGUUGUGAAUCCGACAGUAGAUUCAGAUUUAUUUUCAAUUUGGUCCAUGCAUUUGUCGGCUUUUCGUCAUUUAUUCUCGCAACUACAACACUUUUUCUAGCAACUUAUUUUGAAAUUUUCAAAGAUCACAAAGGUCGUACUAUGAUGAUAAUAUGGUCGAUGUGGGUUGCAUUAAUAUUUAUUACUUUCGAAAUUAUUCAAUCUUAUUAUCGAAAGAAAGCGGGCGAAUCAAAUUAUACAAAUAUUAAUGCAUCUAAUGCAGGUCUAGGAGAAAAUGUCGAAGGUCCAAAAUCUUCAACUACUCCAUUAGGUAUUUUUGCUAAUGCAGAAGAAAAUUCAUCACAAACAAAAGUAAAAAAUGUUCUUCUGGCUGUUCAUGUGCUUGUUGCUGCCAUAAUAUCAAUUGUGAUGGCAACAAAUCUUCAAUCGUGA